AUGAAAGUAUUAAAGUUUCCAUGGUUGACACAUAAGGAAGAAUCCCGACAUUAUGAGAUAUAUACCGUUGAUGUGAGUCCUGAUGGGAAGAGUAUAGCGACCGGUGGUCUUGAUGGUAAAAUCAUUAUAUGGUCUGUUGAUUAUAUACGAAAAGUCAUCGAGGCCAAACAAAAGAAUCCCAAAUUAACAUCAAACGAUAUUAACCCAGAAUGGAAAAGACCACUGGCCAGUAUGAAUAGACAUACCGGAUCUGUCACAUGUGUAAAAUUCUCACCUGAUGGGAAGUAUCUAGCUAGUGGAUCUGAUGAUAGAAUAUUACUAAUAUGGGCUUUAGAUGAAGAACAAUUAGGACAGCCAAUAUUUGGAUCAGAAUUUGAUAAGGAGCGCUGGACUGUCCGCAAGAGGCUCGUUGCUCACGAGAAUGAUAUUCAAGAUAUAUGUUGGGCUCCAGAUUCAAGUAUUCUUGUUUCGGUUGGUUUAGAUAGAUCAGUAGUUGUAUGGAGUGGAUCAACAUUUGAAAAGCUGAAAAAGUUAGACGUUCAUCAGUCGCAAGUUAAAGGUGUCGUAUUUGACCCAGCCAAUAAAUAUUUUGCAACUGCAUCAGAUGAUAGAACAUUGAAAAUAUUUAGGUAUCACAAGACAGGUGAUGAUUCUUUUACAAUCGAACACAUCAUUUCAGAACCCUUUAAAGAGUCACCCUUAACGACGUAUUUUAGAAGACUUUCAUGGUCUCCAGAUGGUCAACAUAUUGCAGCCCCUAAUGCUACGAAUGGACCUGUUAGUUCUGUGGCAAUUAUAAAUAGAGGUAAUUGGGAUACAAAUAUUGGCUUAAUAGGACAUGACGCACCAUCGGAAGUAGCUAGAUUUAGCCCUAGAUUAUACGAAAGUAAAGACCAAAAGCCUAAUGGUAAGAAAAAUGAUACUGAUGAUAUUGAUAAUAAUAAAAAAAGGAAUAGUGAUGUGCUAGAAGAAAACGUAGAGUCAAUAGUAGCAACAGCAGGUCAGGAUAAGAUUUUAGCAGUAUGGAGUACAAGUAAAAUGAGACCAAUAUUCGUAGCCUUUGAUGUUGCUAAUAAAUCUAUAACAGAUCUCGCCUGGAACCCGACUGGUGAUAUGUUAUUUGUCUCUUCAUUGGACUCCUCACUUACUGUAAUAACAUUCGAAAAAAAUGAACUUGGGAAAGCUAUACCUAUUGAGGAUAAUAUGAAACAUUUACAUAGAUACGGUGUGGAUAAGGAUUCAUUAGAUUUUCCAGAAUCUGUAAAACAAUUGAAAUUAGAGAAUACAGCAUUGACUUUGAAAAAAACAAGGUUAAAAGAAUUGGAUACAAGAUUUUCAGGGCCUCAAUUACCUUCUCCAUCAAAGCCUAAAACAAAGGAGCCUCCAAUAGAAAAUUCAAUUUCCACCCCAAUUGAACCCAAGAGAUUAUCUAUCGACUCAACGAAGAAGGAAGGUUCUGUAAAUAUUCUUAUUCCCAAAAGAAAGAAGGAUACAAAACUAAAUACAACCGUUAUCAAAAAUGGUAAGAAACGUGUGAUGCCGACGCUUAUAUCUAGCGCCGGUAAUCCAUCGACGUCAACUUAUCCAAACAACAACUUGAUCCAAAAGAGCCAAAAUUCUAAACUCUCGAUUUCAUCAUCAUCUGUUGUAGAUAAUAAACCUUUAAAUCCAAACAAAAAAUCUAAUCCAGAUUCAUUACCACUCGGGUUGAUAAAGAAGAUAGGUGUAUCCUCAGUUGCUAUACCGAGACUUGGUCUACAUACACUAGUAAUGGGGGUUCGUGAGCGGUCACGCACUAGAUUCUUUGCUGGAGAUGGUGACGAUGAAAAUAAUGGUUCGGACAAAGAUGAUGCUAAUGUAUAUAAUAAACAGCACGAUGAUACGAUUGAUGAGAACAACCCUACGGAAUUCUUAAUGACUUUAAAUGCAAAACUAACUUCCGAUAAGGUAUGGAGUGACGAGCCAUCUACUAGGUAUGUUGAAUCUUCAAGCAUUGUACCAGAUACCGACACAGUUCUGCGAGAAUGUGGUGAUAUGUCUCAAUUCCAUACAUUAGAAAUUCAUAACGGUGUUGAGAGAUCAAUUCAGUUUGAUUCUGAGGCUCUUCUGGAGAAUCCAACAAGAAUUUUAGGUUAUUCCAAGGGUCAACGUACAAUAGAGAUGUUUAUCCCAGAGGUAGUACUAUGUGCUCUCGGGAUACCGCAAUACAAAUGUUGGUGCAUUGCUACAGCCAAUGGUUCGCUUAUUAUAAUCUCAUGUAGUGGCCAAUUGAAAACUCCAAAGAUACAGAUGGGUCACAAGAUUGUGAAACUUACAAGCCAAGACAACUAUCUAAUUGCAUUUACAGAGAGAGGUCUGUUCUUCGUGUGGGACAUUAAUAACAUGAAAAUCAUAUAUCGUAAUAUUCCAGUAUUACCAAUCCUUAAUAACAAGCCUAUUCAAGGUCAUCGUGUGCGUAUCAAUACCAAUGUCAGGAGUUGUUCAAUUGACAAAACAGAUCAGUCAUUGGUGGUAGAUAUGGCUUCACCCGAAGACACCCGUUCAUAUAGGUGGACCAAGGAACUUGGUUGUUGGACUGAAGUAAUACCCGUGACCUCUUUGGAAGAGAUCAAACCGGCAUAA